AUGGGUCACUAUCAGGAGCUCAGUGAAUUCGAGUGUGGUACUGUGAUAGGUUGCCACCUGUGCAAUAAGUCAAUUCGUGAAAUUUCCUUCCCACUAAAUAUUCCACAGUCAACUGGUAGUAGUAUUAUAACAAAGUGGAGGCAACUGGGAACAACAGCAACUCAGCCAUGAUGUGCGCACAGUGUGCAGAAAUUGACAAAUGUCUGCAGAGUCAAUAGCUAAAGACCUCCAAAGUUCAUGUGGCCUUCAGAUUAGCACAACAAAAGUGCAUAGAGAGCUUCAUG